AGCCGCAGCCGCAGCGACGGCCCGCCCGAGUCGCCGCCGCCCACCAGCUUCAACGAGCUCGAUGUGCUGGGCAGCGUGCCCGUGCCGUCGACGUCGGUGGACGUGUGCAUGCACGACGGCUUCGGGCUCAACAGCGGCAUCACGAUCGAGGGGGGCGACGGCGCGCUGCUGGUCAGCGGGGAGGCGUUUGCGUGGCGGCCGUGGGAGGUGAUUGGGGAGAAGAGGCUGGUGAAUGCCAAGGGGCAGUUUGAGCUGCCGCGGGAGGCGUUUGGGUUGUUUGAUAUGCUGUGGCCUCGACCUGAUCUCCUGAUUAUCGGCGUGGGCAAACACAACUUGCCUCUGAGUCCGCAGACUCGGCAGCACAUCUCGGAGCUGGGCAUGAGGGUUGAGAUGCUGGAUACUAGGAACGCAGCGGCGCAGUUUAAUCUGCUGGCGACGGAGCGAGGCGUGUCGGAGGUGGCGGCGGCUUUGAUACCCAUUGGGUGGGAGGAGGGCAUGGGU